AACAACUACAACAACCAUCACCACCACGAACAAACCAACCACCAUAAAGCCAUCACCCAUGACAAUCACAAUACAGAAAACCACUAAAAUGAGUACAAAAGAACCCCUAACAAUUACAAACAGAACAAUGAACCCUACAACCAUCAACAAUAUAACAUUUGGUGACAAGACAACAGUCCACAUAAACAACACAGCAGAAGACAAUGAUAAUGACACUAUACAACAAGCUGAAAGUACUGAAACAAUGAUCAGGAAAACAGAUGAGGAGGAAAUAGCAAAUGCUAACAUUGGUUUGAUUGCUGGAAGUAUCACAGGAGCAUUUUUGUUCCUCUUACUAGUGGUGCUGGUAACUGUUGUCAUGGUGAAGCGCAGAAAAAGGAGAGAGGGUCAAACUGCAAACCACUUAAAAGGGAGCACCAACAAUGCUUUUACAGUUACAGAAGAAGGCAACCCAGAACAUGCAAAUGGUGUACUACCAUAUGAUAAUUCCAGUCAACUGCAAAGUAAAGAAACUGCACAAGUUCAACUUUUUAACAACCCUUUAUAUAAAGAACCAACACCCCAAGAUCAAACUGAUGGGGAGUCCCUACCAACAAAUCCAAUUGAGCUUCUAGACAAUACCCUCUAUGUGCCAUCUGUUCCUAAUGACCGAAUUGGUAAAGAUUCCCAUCUGCAAAUUGAGCUUUUGGAUAAUUCUAUAUAUGACUCUAGCUCUGAUAUGUUAGAUGACUCAAUCCAUUUUAGAAUACAAGAUGCAAAACAAGACACUGAACAGAAUGACGACACUGAUAAUGAUCAAUUUGAUGAUGACUCUGGGAUUGACCCAGAACAUCUAGGAUUUGUAUAUGAUACCACUUACAAUGAAACAUCAACUGAUAGUGUCAUAAAUCAAACAGAACCAGACAUAACAACCAAUGCUGAUUAUGAACCCAUUGAAAAUAAUUCUACAACCAACAUAGACCAUUCAUAUUCAAUAUAUGCAAAAGAGAAAAGUACAUCACCAAAAACUACAUUUCCAAUUAAUAUCAAUAAUUAUGAGGACAUCGAACCAGAUAACUUUCAACAUGAAGAACCAGAUGGACAUGAAAAUGAUUAUUCUGAUGUUAAAGAUGAUGAAAUGGUCCAGAUGUCACAAGUACAGUGAAAUAGACAUGAGAGAACACGGUAAACUUCAUACACAUAACAUGGACCCCCAAGCAACAAGUGAUGUUGAGCUUGUGGACAAUACGAUAUAUAACUUAUGAGAUUAGAAUUUAAUUCAUGUCUCAGUUAAAUGUUUGCCUUCAUGAGGCCUAGACACACAUUCCUACUAAG